AUGGACAGAGAAGGCCAAGAUGAGGCCAAAAAUAUCUGUAGUACUCUUCCAAGUCCUUGGCAACUUGAUCCUCUGAUACUGGUCUGCCUAUCCAAGACCAGGGAUCUUGUCCAAAUGUCAUCAACAGGUUUGGCUAGUGAAUCGUCGAGAACCUCCCAGCUGUCUAGCGAAGGUGACGAUACCUCAAACUGGCUGUCUGGUAUUGAAUCGCCGCUGUCACUUGCGGUCUCAAUUUCGACAGCAUUCAGCUCAAGUUGCUCUGCCAUAUUGGAUGAUUCAGCAAGGCUAUGCAGGGCCUCCAUGUUGUCGAAGUCAGGCUCAACACUGAAUGACGAGACACCUGGUGCUUUGCCCUUACGAUCCGACUUCACUAGGUUCACAGAUGGACAAUUUCGGGCAAUAUGCCCAGUCUCUUCACAGACAUAA